AUGGCUCUGAACAAUUGUUCCCACCUGAACUUGGAAGUGGACUCUUUCCUGUACUGCAACAACACCUUCAAUCAAAGUCUGAAUACCCCCAAGAUGGACAACUGGUUCCACCCGGGAAUCAUUUAUAUCAUUCCUGCAGUUUAUGGGAUUAUCAUCGUGAUAGGCCUCGUUGGCAACAUCACCUUGAUCAAGAUCUUCUGUACAGUCAAGUCCAUGCGAAAUGUGCCGAACCUGUUCAUCUCUAGCCUGGCUUUGGGAGACCUGCUGCUGCUGGUAACGUGUGCCCCUGUGGAUGCCAGCAAGUACCUGGCUGACAGAUGGCUUUUUGGCAGGAUCGGUUGCAAACUGAUCCCCUUUAUCCAGCUUACCUCAGUGGGGGUGUCUGUCUUCACACUUACGGCACUGUCCGCAGACAGGUACAAAGCCAUUGUCCGGCCAAUGGAUAUCCAGGCAUCACAUGCCCUGAUGAAGAUCUGUCUCAAAGCUGCCUUGAUCUGGAUCAUCUCGAUGCUGUUGGCCAUUCCAGAGGCUGUGUUUUCUGACCUCCAUCCCUUCCAUGUGAAAGAUACCAACCAAACCUUCAUUAGUUGUGCCCCCUACCCACACUCUAAUGAGCUGCACCCCAAAAUCCACUCUAUGGCUUCCUUUCUGGUUUUCUACAUUAUCCCACUGUCAAUCAUCUCUGUUUACUACUACUUCAUUGCCCGAAAUCUGAUUCAGAGCGCCUACAAUCUUCCCGUGGAAGGCAAUAUACAUGUCAAGAAACAGAUCGAAUCCCGGAAGCGACUUGCCAAGACAGUACUGUUGGUGUUUGUGGGCCUCUUUGCCUUCUGCUGGCUCCCCAAUCAUGUCAUCUACCUGUACCGCUCCUACCACUACUCUGAGGUGGACACAUCCAUGCUCCACUUUGUCACCAGCAUCUGUGCCCGCCUCCUAGCAUUCACCAACUCCUGUGUGAACCCCUUUGCCCUCUAUCUCCUGAGCAAGAGUUUCAGGAAGCAGUUCAACACUCAGCUCCUCUGCUGCCAGCCUGGCCUGAUGAACCGCUCCCACAGCACUGGCAGAAGUACCACCUGCAUGACCUCCUUCAAGAGCACCAACCCCUCGGCCACCUUCAGCCUCAUCAACGGAAACAUCUGUCAUGAGGGGUACGUCUAGACUAACCCUUCAACCUU